ACGAGCGGACAAACUCCAAAAGCAAGAAAGCAGAGGCUACCAGAACACUCUAUUAUUGUAAGAGAGAAACGCCGCAAUGGGGGUCAACUUGUUUAUAGUGACAAGUUUCGUUUUGGCUUUCGCUGGUUUAGCCCAAUGUGCCCUUCGAUUGGAUCUUGGUGCGGCGGCAAGCGAAAACAUUUGGACGGUGGCUAACAACAACGGCUCUAUUAACAUUGCUGCAACUGUGCCUGGAGGGAUUUACUCUGAUUUAAAAAAUGCUGGAAUUUUGGAUACAGAUUUUUACUAUCGUUUCAACGACCAUAUGUAUCGCUGGGUGGGUUACGACACAUGGACUUUCACCAGGCAGUUUCAAGUUCCUGCCGAGUUCGUAGGAAAACGGCAAGUAAAUCUUGUCUUUGAGGGCGUUGACACCUACGGGCAAAUUCACAUCAACAAUGAGCAACCAGUCACCGUGGGCAACAUGUUUGUGCGAUACGUUAUUCCAUUCACACCAGAAACUGUGAACACACUGACGGUCGUUCUGCCAUCUGCAAUUGAGUACGCUGCAAACAGGUCUGCCGAAACAUUUGUCGCACCUGAGUGCGUUGCUCCCGAAUUUCAAGGCGAGUGUCAUGCCAACCAAGUCAGGAAAAUGCAAGCAUCCUUUAGCUGGGAUUGGGGACCAGCUUUCCCUUCUGCCGGGAUUUGGAAAAAGGUUUAUGUUGAAGCGUAUGACACGUUGCUAAUCAGAGACACAGUUUACGAUAUUCAGUACUCGGACGCAAAUCAGCAAUGGAUUGUACAACUCACUGUGUACGCCGAACUUUUAUCUAGAGAGCAGUCAUCCGGCUCUGGAGAUUUGCAGUUUGAAAUCCAACUUGAUGAUGUUUUGCAAAGUGCAACGAAAAAAGUUAACUAUCAGGGGCAGCAAGGAGAAAUUGUUUUCACGACAUCAUUAAACGUCCCAGCAGGUUCGGUUCAAACAUGGUAUCCGAAUGGCAUUGGACGUGGACGCAAGUUGUACCAAGCAACAGUUCGAUACAUUCCCGAUGGCGUAGCUGAAACUGCAGAAAAAAAUGAUACGAUUGCUUUCAGGACUUUAAAGGUCGUGCAAGAUUUCGUUGACCCAAAUGACCAAACAAAAGGCCGUCACUUUUAUUUUGAGGUUAAUGGGUCCCCAAUCUUCAUGAAGGGUUCCAACUGGAUUCCAGCACAUGUACUACCUGAGUUUGGUUCCACCGACCAGUAUGCUGAAAAUCUAUUGAGGGCAUCCGCUGAGGCAGGCUUUAAUAUGCUGCGUGUGUGGGGCGGCGGAGUAUAUGAGAGCGACCGCUUUUAUCAGUUGUGCGACGAGCUGGGCAUUCUGGUGUGGCAAGACUUUUUAUUUGCGUGCAGCAUGUACCCGGUGGACGAGCCGUUCUUGAGCAGCGUCCGCACUGAGAUUGUCCAAACCGUCCGCCGGUUGCAGCACCACACAAGCAUUGCCCUUUGGGCUGGUAAUAAUGAAAACGAGGCUGCACUUAUAGGAAAUUGGUACCAAACAGCAUCUAAUUUUUCUGCCUACAAAGCAGAUUACAUCAAACUUUACGUUGACACGGUAAAGCCCCUAGUUAACGCCGAAGAUCCGACAAGAAACUAUUUAGUGUCUAGUCCUUCAAAUGGAAUAAAAUCCGAGGAAGAUGGGUAUGUUUCUGAUGACCCAUACAGCGCUCUCUAUGGAGAUAUCCACUUCUAUAUUUAUCUGUCUGACGGAUGGGACCCCGCUAUUUAUCCACGCACGCGGUUCGCCUCGGAAUUCGGAUUCCAAUCCUUCCCUUCGAUGUGGGCACUUAAUCAGGAUAUUAGCAUCAAUGACCUGGACUUGGGCCUGAACAGUGAAAUAAUCAAUCAAAGACAGCAUCACCCAAAUGGAAAUUUCGAGCUUACCUAUCAGGUUGAGAGUAGACUGUUGCCUGGCGGUCAGUUUAAUUGGAAUACGCGUGAAACGUUUGAAAAAUUCACGUACCUCACCCAGAUUUAUCAAGCAAUGUCCACUAAAACCGAGGCAGAAUGUCACAGGCGUUGGAGGGGCUGGUACGAUGCACCAACAGGGGAAGGCCUCACGAUGGGAUCCUUGUAUUGGCAACUGAAUGACAUUUGGAAUGCCCCCACCUGGGCAGGAAUCCAACAUGAUGGAACUUGGAAAAUGAUGCACUACUACGCGGCAAAAAUGUACAACCCGUUCCUCGUUUCUCCCUAUGUUACUCCCGACCAAAGGCUUUCCGUCCAUGCGAUUAAUGAUAAUUUGGAAGAAUUUGGAGAUGCAGUUAUUAAAGUGAACGUUUUCUCGUGGUCCAAGCUGGAUUCCAUUUACUCAUUCACACAGCCAUUUAUACUGACUAACAAUUCAGCUGUUGAAGUAUUUUCGCAACCUUUAACAACGAUUUUAAACACCGCUGGCUGCGAAAGUUUAUCAAGGAAAGCUGGAAGUCGAAUUCCAGAAGAUUCAUGCUUUUUGACAGUCCAAAUGCUCUCUAGUGACGAGUCCCAGGUCUUGUCUGAGAACUUCGUGUUGCCUGCCAAAUUCAGCUCGGUUUUGGGAAUCGUAAACAAGCCUCAACUUCAGGUUUCUGGUGUCUCCGAUUCCGUUGCAAGCCUUCCUUCAUCCCGCUACGUGCGUGCAUUUGACGUUGUUGUAAGCACUGACAGCGUGGCACCAUUUGUUUGGCUGGAUGCUGCAGACGCUAAGGGCAGAUUCUCUGAAAAUGGGUUCAUCCAAGCUACUGCCACUAAAACCGUUCAGUAUUUCGCCCUGGUGGAUAUAACGCCUGAAGAAUUGCAGUCGAAGUUGACUGUGACUUCGCUAACGCACAACUGGCCAUAAGAACGUGUGUUUAUGUUUUCAGCUAUUUUUCUUUAAGCAGGAAAAAUGUAAUAAAGCAUAAAUUUAAGUAAAAAAAAUACCUUUUUUAUCACAAA